AUGGCGCAAAGCUUACGAUUGCACUUUGCAGCCAGAAGAAGCAAUACUUAUCCUUUGUCAGAAACUUCCGGAGAUGAUUUGGAUAGCAGUGUUCACAUGUGCUUCAAAAGACCAACGCGGAUUUCAACAUCUCAAGUUGUUCAAAUGAAGCUGGCUCCCAGACAGACUGCGCUAGCUCCUUUAAUAAAGGAAAACGUUAAGUCUCAGGAACGAUCAUCUGCUCCUUCAUCUGAAAAUGUUAAUAAAAAGAGCAGCUGUCUACAGAUUUCACUACAGCCAACAAGGUACAGUGGAUAUCUUCAGUAUAGCAAUGUGUUAACUGAUGGGGAUGAUGCUUCAUUUACUUGUGUCUUGCAGGAAGGUGUUUACAGCAGUCCUGUGGUUGAUAAUGAACUGAAAGCUAUGAAUGAAGGUAAUCUUUUAAGCAGUUCUGCUGUGUGUAGUGGUAGCCUCAGUAAUUUUUCAGCCAGUGAUAAUAGAUCUUGUAGCAGCAAUGGUAGUGAUUAUGGGUCGUCUACAAGUAUCACUAGUGGAGGUUCAUACACUAGCAGUGUCAUCAGUGACAGCAGUGGUUGUACUUUUCCAUCAAGUGAUGAUCCUUUUUUUUGUGGAAAUAUAUCUUCCAACAGUACCUCCAAUAGAAGUGUGCCAAAUAGGAAUACUACUCCGUGUGAAAUAUUUUCAAGAAGUACAAAUACUGUUCCCUUUGUCCAGGAUGACUUGGAGCAUGGAAUAGAGUUUAUGAAAUUGCCAGGGAGCAGGAACUCAAAAAAUACACUAAAACGUUGUUCGUCUUUAGUCAUUUUUCCUAGGAGUCCUUCAAACACCCCGCCAAUGUCUCCAACAAAUACAGAUACUCUUCCAAGCAAAGGAUCCUAUCAAACUUCUCACCAGUUUAUGAUUUCUCCUAGUGAAAUUGCACAUAACGAAGAUGGCACUAAUGCUAAGGGAUUUCUUUCAACAGCUGUCAAUGGACUUCGGUUAUCUAAAACAAUUUGUACUUCUGGAGAAGUAAGAGACAUAAGGCCACUUCAUGUGAAGGGCUCACUACAAAAGAAAAUUGUUAUUUCAAAUAUUAGUCCAAAUCAGACUGUCUGUGAAACGUCACCUGAAGGAUAUUCUUGUGUUUCAGUCCAUUUCACCCAACAGAAAGCAACUACAUUAGACUGUGAAACAGCAAACGGUGAUUGUAAAGCUGAGAUGUCAGAAAUUAAGCUUAAUUCCAAUUCAGAGUAUAUUAAGCUCAUACAUAGGACAUCUGCAUGUUUACCAUUUUCCCAAAAUGUAGACUAUCAAAUCAAUAUCAAUGAACAGUUGGAAAGACCAAAUUCACAGAUAAAUAAAAACCAUGCUAUUUUACAAAGAAGUGUUUCAUUGGGAGGAAGUUAUCCAAAUGUUUCCUGUUUAUCCAGCCUUAAGCACAAUUGUUCUAAGGGGGGACCAUCUCAAUUACUCAUAAAGUUUGCAUCUGGAAAUGAAGGUAAAGCUACUAAUUUAUCAAGAGAGAGCAACAGAGAUAUCACAAAUGAACUAUCUAAUUCUUUGAAGCAUUCUCAUAAGACAAGAGAUGAUUUCCUAGGUCAAGUGGAUGUUCCUCUUUAUCCAUUACCGACAGAAAAUCCAAGAAUGGAGAGACCAUAUACAUUUAAGGAUUUUGUUCUUCACCCAAGAAGUAACAGAUCAAGAGUUAAAGGUUAUCUGAGAUUAAAAAUGACUUAUUUACCUAAAACCAGUGGCUCUGAAGAAGAUAACACAGAACAGGCUGAGGAAUUAGAGCCUGGCUGGGUUGUUUUGGACCAACCAGAUGCUGCUUGCCAUUUGCAGCAGCAACAGGAACCUUCUCCUCUACCUCCAGGAUGGGAGGAGAGGCAGGAUAUCCUUGGAAGGACCUAUUAUGUAAACCACGAAUCUAGAAGAACACAGUGGAAAAGACCAACCCCUCAGGACAGCCUAACAGAUGUUGAGAAUGGUGACAUUCAACUGCAAGCACAGCGUGCCUUCACUACCAGGCGGCAGAUAUCUGAGGAAACAGAAAGUGUUGACAACCGAGAGUCUUCCGAGAACUGGGAAAUUAUAAGAGAAGAUGAAACCACCAUGUAUAGCAGUCAGGCCUUCCCGUCACCUCCACCAUCAGCUAACUUGGAUGUUCCGACACAUCUUGCAGAAGAAUUGAAUGCCAGACUCACGACUUGUGGAAAUUCAGCAACCAGCCAGCCAGCAUCCAGCUCAAAUCAUUCCAGCAGAAGAGGCAGCUUACAAGCCUAUACUUUUGAGGAACAGCCUACACUUCCUGUGCUUUUGCCUACUUCAUCUGGAUUACCACCAGGUUGGGAAGAGAAGCAAGAUGAAAGAGGAAGAUCGUAUUAUGUAGAUCACAAUUCCAGAACUACUACCUGGACAAAGCCCACUGUUCAGGCCACAAUGGAGACCAGUCAGCUGCCAUCAAGCCACAGUUCUUCCAUGGGCCCUCAACCACAGAGCUCUGCGAGUGAUUCAGCACAGCAGGUGACCCAGCCAUCUGAAAUUGAGCAAGGAUUCCUCCCGAAAGGCUGGGAGGUCCGGCAUGCACCCAACGGGAGGCCUUUCUUUAUUGACCACAACACCAAAACUACCACCUGGGAAGAUCCAAGAUUGAAAAUUCCAGCUCAUCUGAGAGGAAAGACAUCACUUGAUUCUUCUAAUGAUCUAGGACCUCUACCUCCAGGAUGGGAAGAGAGGACUCACACAGAUGGAAGAAUCUUCUACAUAAAUCACAAUAUAAAAAGAACACAAUGGGAAGAUCCUCGCUUGCAGAAUGUAGCAAUAACUGGACCAGCUGUGCCCUACUCCAGGGAUUACAAACGAAAGUAUGAGUUCUUCCGAAGAAAGAUGAAGAAGCAGAAUGACAUUCCAAACAAAUUUGAAAUGAAACUUCGCCGUGCAACUGUUCUUGAGGAUUCUUACAGAAGAAUUAUGGCUGUCAAGAGAGCAGAUUUCCUCAAGGCUAGACUGUGGAUUGAGUUUGAUGGUGAAAAGGGAUUAGAUUACGGAGGAGUUGCCAGAGAAUGGUUCUUCCUAAUCUCAAAGGAAAUGUUUAACCCUUAUUAUGGAUUGUUUGAAUAUUCUGCUACGGAUAAUUACACCCUACAGAUAAAUCCAAAUUCUGGAUUGUGUAAUGAAGAUCACCUCUCUUACUUCAAGUUUAUAGGCCGGGUAGCUGGAAUGGCAGUUUAUCAUGGCAAACUGUUGGAUGGUUUUUUCAUCCGCCCGUUUUACAAGAUGAUGCUACACAAACCAAUAACACUUCAUGAUAUGGAAUCAGUGGAUGGUGAAUAUUACAAUUCACUGAGAUGGAUUCUUGAAAAUGAUCCAACAGAAUUGGACCUCAGGUUUAUCAUAGAUGAAGAACUUUUUGGACAGACACAUCAACAUGAAUUGAAAAAUGGUGGAUCAGAAAUAGUUGUUACCAACAAGAACAAAAAGGAAUAUAUUUAUCUUGUAAUACAAUGGCGCUUUGUAAACCGAGUCCAGAAGCAAAUGGCUGCUUUUAAAGAGGGAUUUUUUGAACUAAUACCACAGGAUCUCAUCAAAAUUUUUGAUGAAAAUGAACUAGAGCUUCUUAUGUGUGGAUUGGGAGAUGUGGAUGUGAACGACUGGAAAGAACACACAAAGUAUAAAAAUGGCUAUAAUGUAAAUCAUCAAGUCAUACAGUGGUUUUGGAAGGCUGUUUUAAUGAUGGAUUCAGAAAAAAGAAUAAGAUUACUUCAGUUUGUCACUGGCACAUCCCGGGUGCCUAUGAAUGGAUUUGCUGAACUAUAUGGUUCGAAUGGACCACAGUCUUUUACGGUUGAACAGUGGGGUACCCCAGAAAAGCUGCCAAGAGCUCAUACCUGCUUUAAUCGCUUGGACUUGCCACCGUAUGAAUCAUUUGAAGAAUUAUGGGAUAAACUUCAGAUGGCAAUUGAAAACACUCAGGGUUUUGACGGAGUUGAUUAGAUUACAAUGAAUAAUCUGUAGUGUUUUAUUGCCACAAUUUUAUAAACAAAAAUCUUGACUUAAAAUUUUCCCAGGAACUAUUAAAACUUGGCCAUUGACUCUUCCCAGAUAUUUUAGAAAAUCAUAUAAAAGCAUUAGAAGGAGUCAUAUGACAACUUUACCAUUAUUUCAAUCACUUUUGUGUUGCAUUUACAUGGUUGUUUCAUUCUAUCUUUAGAGUUCAUACUAUAGGAUGUAAGUCCUGUGUGCCUGAAAUAGCAAGUUUUGUUCUCAACACUUACCUCUUUUACAGUGUUUGCCAGGCAGUUCUUUCUUAAACUACUGAAAUUAUAACUGUGAAGUAUUUGUGAGAAGUGUUAUGUGUGAAAAGUUAGAUGCUUUUUGAGAAGGAAAACUGAAAUUUGGGGGAAAAAAUACAUUAAUUUUGAGUAAACUAUGGUAAAUGUAGUGCUGCUUGCAGCUAUUUAUUAUUAUGUGGUCCUGCCUAAUGCACCUUACUGCCCAGAAAGUCUGUUGCCUGUAUUUUUAGUCAACUGACUCACUUGCGGAAAAUGUUUACUUCACUUUAAGAAUAUUAGCCUUUUGUUACUAUGUGGUUUUAGGUGGUUCAUACGACAUGUGAAGCAAGUUCAAAUUUGCAAUGAGUGAAAAGUAUUAAAGCCUUCCUCUUGCCUGUAUAUUCUUAUGGUUCAUUGGCAUAGACAUCACUUUUUCAUGUUUUAGUAUAGUUAGAAGAAUUCCUUCUUCAAACAUCAAACUAAAGCUCCACAAAGCAGUAUUUCCAAGUAUGCCUUGAAGAAUUAAGCUAAAUGGUUAGUACUUGUCUUUACUAGUCAUUCUUUAUACUGGCACAAUUAUGUAGUGAAUAUAUGUUUACAGGGUUUAUUAUGUUUACAGAUUAAGGUAAUUUCUGUAGUUGCAUUUUUAUAUUUUUAGUACUUCUCUUUAGUCAAAAAAACCAAAUAAUUUGUUAUAAACAACCAAAGAGUAGUUAUAAAGCAUAAUUUGUAUUGAAUAUAUUAUCAUAUUUCCUAUGCUUUCUAAAAAUUGUUUACUAUGAAAAUAAUGAUAUGGUCUAUAACAAAACCAAAACUCUUUAAACAUAUUGCUACAGAUAGAAUCCUACUUUAACCAAAUUGAAGUAAACAGUGCCUGCUAUGUGCCUAGCACUGAGCUGGGCUCUGGGGCAAAGAGUGGCCAACGUCAAAGGAAUCUAGCUUACUCCAAGUCCUCAAGAAACUUAAAAUGUGUACAUGAAUUUGUAAGCAAUCAGAAGUGGGAGUGAACAGAAUAAGGCCAAAGGGGAAAGUGUUAUAGGUGCCAGUGCACCUGCAAAGAUAAAUUGUGCCAAGACUGUAUUUAUUCCUGGUUUUCAUACUUAUGUAGAAUGGAUAGAGAAUGUGCUUAAGAAAAUUAAGCCUAUUUCUUACUCAAUAUGGUAUCUUGGAGAUUUAUGAAUAAAUAUAUUAUGUAUAAAUGUUAUGAAUCUUCUUAAAUAUAUAUAUAUGUUCUCUGAGAGCUACUUCUGGCUAUUGGUUUAAGCUUGAUGGGUACCUGUCAGUGCCUGGUAGAGACCUCAUUUGUGAAAGAGUAGCAAAACCACUUUCCAAACCCUACAUCCUCAGCCUGGUUUAGGGAAAGGAAUUCACAGAUCCAUGUGCACUGCCUUGUGUCUUCACCUGUAGUAACCAGACUUCAGGCAAGACCACCUUCAGGUGUCAUCCUCAUUUGGUCACUUACCAACCAUGUAAACGGAAGCAACUUACUUAAGCUCUCUGGUCUCUUGUUUCUUCAUUUGUCAAGUGAAAUUAUUCAUAUCCACCCCAUUGUCAUGCAAGAUUGUUGUAUGUUCCAGAGAGACGAGGUAUCAGAAAGUGCUUUGUAAACUAUAAAGUAUUAAUACAAUCAGAAGAUGUUUUGUGCUGACUGUCAGAUCUUGUGAAAUGAGGUAUGCACACCAAAUAGACUCCCAAAGAAGAAUCUCUUCCUUGAAAAAUCAAAUGACUUCCAAUAAACAAGGGAAUAUGAACGCAUCUGAUACUGAAUGUGUAUGUAGAUAUGUAUAUGUAUGUAUGUGUGCAUAUGUGUACAUAUGUAUCUAUAUAAGGAUCUUACCAUCAGAAUCCAUUUUCUUCACAUCAGCAAAGUAAUAUUCAAAUGGGCCAAUGCAUGGAAAAUGCCCUCAUUUGUAGAGGUGAAUGUUAAAACAAACUGAAUUCUACCACAUCAUUGUUUAAAUAUCAGUUCUGUGAAAUAUCAUAGCAGACAUCAGAGCUUUGAGAAGAUGUAAAGUUUUCUUUUCAUCGAACUGAUACGCAUUUGGAUGAUACCAUGAUUCAUAUAGAACAUGAUGUGAAUGAAACCAUCACAAACCAACACCCCUUCUUCUCUGAGGUGUGAGCUCAUGAACCAUAAGGAACCUGGAUCAAACAACACUGCCCUCAAAAUGCAUUCUACUUCUGGACAGUCAGUAGUUAUUUUCAUCCAGCAAGUACAGCACACUCUUCAGAAAGUAUAAGCAUAUGGUUUUAGCCACAUCUUCUUUUAACCAAAAAGUUUAAACAGACAUAAAUUGUAUUACAAAUACAUUUCAUCCUAACUCACAUUUACAUAGUGUUUGUUUUAGGUUUUUAUUUUUGUUGCUGAAAUUAUUCCAUAUAAAUAUCAAGUUAAACACAAUUCAUUUUGAUUAUAAGCCAUUUGACAUUGUUUAUUAAAUUCUUUUAAUAUGGUAAAUAUAUAUCAAAAUGAAUGUAUCAAAGUUUAUUGCAUAAGUAUAAAUAAUUUCUAAAAAUCUU